AUGGUGAAGGAGGAUGACAAGGGGAUCCCGGUGCGUGUGGCGCUGCGCUGCCGUCCUUUGGUGCCGAAGGAGAUCAGCGAAGGAUGCCAGAUGUGCCUGUCCUUUGUGCCGGGGGAACCGCAAGUGGUGGUGGGAAACGACAAGUCCUUCACGUAUGACUACGUGUUCGACCCAUCUGUGGAGCAGGAGGAAGUCUUCAACACUGCUGUUGCCCCUCUCAUACGAGGCAUCUUCAAAGGGUAUAAUGCCACAGUCUUAGCCUAUGGACAGACUGGAUCUGGGAAAACUUUCUCCAUGGGAGGUGCCUACACUACCAAUCAAGAGCAUGAACCAAGCGUGGGGGUCAUCCCUCGGGUCAUCAAACUGCUGUUUAAGGAGAAGGAGCAAAGGCAGGAAUGGGAAUUUGUCCUCAAAGUUUCUUAUUUAGAGAUCUACAAUGAGGAUAUUCUCGACCUGCUGUGCCCGUCGAGAGAACGGUCUCCAAUCAGCAUACGGGAAGAUCCCAAGGAAGGCAUAAAGAUUGUAGGGUUAACAGAAAGAAGUGUCUCCUCUGCCCAAGAUACUGUGUCCUGCCUAGAGCAAGGCAACAACUCCCGAACGGUGGCCUCCACGGCAAUGAACUCACAGUCCUCCCGGUCCCAUGCCAUCUUCACCAUCUGCAUUGAUCAGCAAAAGAAAAAUGACAAGAACAGCAGUUUUCACUCCAAGCUACACCUGGUUGAUCUGGCUGGCUCAGAGAGACAAAAGAAGACCAAGGCUGAGGGAGACCGACUAAAAGAAGGCAUCAAUAUAAACAGAGGCCUCCUCUGCCUGGGGAAUGUCAUUAGUGCUCUUGGUGAUGAAAAUAAAAAGGGUGGGUUUGUCCCCUAUAGAGACUCAAAGCUAACAAGGCUGCUGCAAGACUCUCUGGGUGGUAACAGCCACACUCUGAUGAUUGCCUGUGUAAGCCCUGCAGAUUCCAACCUAGAAGAAACUCUCAACACCCUGCGUUAUGCUGACAGAGCAAGGAAAAUCAAAAACAAGCCAAUUGUCAACGUUGAUCCUCAGGCAGCUGAGCUGCAUCACCUGAAGCAGCAGGUACAACAGCUGCAGGUGUUGCUGCUGCAGGCCCAUGGAGGGACACUGCCAGUGUCUAUCAACAGCAUGGCCCCUUCUGAGAACCUCCAGUCCCUGAUGGAGAAGAACCAAUCACUCAUGGAAGAGAACCAAAAGCUGAGCCGAGGGCUGAGUGAGGCUGCUGGGCAGACAGCACAGAUGUUGGAGAGGAUCAUUCUGAUAGAGCAAGAAAAUGAGAAGGUCAAUUCCAAACUGGAGCAGCUUCAGCAACAUGCAGCAUGCAAGGUUGAUCUGCAGAAGCUGGCAGAGACUGUGGAAGAUGAGGAACUGAAAGAGAACGUGGAGGUGAUUCGUAACCUGCAGCAAAUGUUGUCUGAGUUGCAGACUGAAAGUGCUGUUACAAUGGAAGAGAUGGCAAAAUCUGAGCAGGAUGCUUCAGUGGAAGCAGAAAUGGGCCAAGAUGCCAAGAGGUCCUCUGACUACAGCACUCAGCACGCCCUCCGUCAAGCACAGAUGUCCAAAGAGCUGCUUGAGCUGAAUAAAGUCCUGGCUUUGAAAGAGGCACUUGCCAAAAAAAUGACUGAGAAUGGCAGUCAGCUGGAGCCCAUUCAGUGCCAAUACCAGACUAAUAUCAAAGAUCUGGAAUUGGAAGUGAGCAGUUUGCAAAAAGAAAAGGAGGAGCUGACCCUUGCUUUGUUUAUGGCCAAGAAGGAUGUCAACCAAGCCAAGCUGAGUGAGAAGCGUCGGAAAAGGCUGCAGGAGCUGGAAGGGCAAAUUAAUGAGCUGAAGAAAAAGCUGAAUGAACAAUCCAAGCUCUUAAAGCUGAAGGAAUCUACAGAGCACACUGUCUCCAAACUCAACCAAGAGAUCAGGGAAAUGAAAAGCCAAAGGGUCCAACUGAUGCGUCAGAUGAAAGAAGAUGCUGAGAAAUUCAGGCAAUGGAAGCAGCAGAAGGACAAGGAAGUGAUCCAGCUGAAAGAAAGGGAUCGCAAGAGACAGUAUGAGCUGCUCAAGCUGGAGCGAGACUUCCAGAAGCAGGCCAAUGUUCUCCGGCGCAAGACAGAAGAGGCAGCAGCUGCCAACAAGCGCCUGAAGGACGCUCUGCAGAAGCAACGAGAGGCUGCAGAUAAGCGGAAGGAAACCCAGAACCGGGGCAUGGAAGGAGUUGCUGCUCGAGUCAAAAGCUGGCUUGCAAAUGAAGUAGAGGUUCUUGUUAGCACUGAAGAGGCUCGACGGCACCUUGCAGACCUUUUGGAGGACAGAAAGAUCUUGGCACAGGAGCUCCUUCAACUUAAAGAGAAGAAAGAGGCUGGGGAAAACCCCCCUCCAAAGCUCAGGAGGCGCACCUAUUCCCUGGCAGACUUGAAGGCAUCAGAGAUGGACAUUUCCUUAUCAAAGCAGAUAGAAAGCCUGGAAACUGAGAUGGGGCUCAGGAGUGCCCAGAUAGCAGACCUGCAGCAGAAACUCUUGGAUGCAGACAAUGCAGAUCGUACAAAACAGCGCUGGGACAGCAUCGCCACCAUCCUAGAGGCUAAAUGUGCUUUGAAGUACCUCCUUGCAGAGCUGGUCUCCUCAAAAGUGCAGGAGAGCAAACUGGAGAGCAGCUUUCAGCAGAGCAAAGCCAGCUACUCAGACAUGCAGAAGAUGCUGAUGGAAGAGCGAAACCACAUCAUGGAGAGGGAGACUGAGUUCCAAAAUCAGCUUCUGGUGCAGGAACAACAGCACCAGGAAAAGGUUCUGUACCUGCUUAGCCAAUUUCAGCAAAAAGAAGCAGCAGAGAAGAAAUUGGAAGAUAGUCAGGAGAAACAGCUGCAGGAGAGACUCAAGUUCCAGGAGGAAGAGCUGCAAAAAAUGGGUGAGAAGCACCAAGAAGUUCUCCAGGAAAAUGACACUCUUAAAAAGAAACUGCUGCUCCUCCAAACUGCCAGCAAACAGGACAAUCAGGACACAUCCUCCAGCCUCCCAGAUUCUUAUGAUUACAUUCCACCCAAACCCAAGGCUCGCCGGCAAACGACAGCCAAACCCCGAGCUUCAGCCUUCAAAAUAGACAUGGAAGAGCUGUUCUCUGAGUCAGAGGAGUCUGGGGUGGAGCAAGAGGAUGCAGAAUGGGUGCCAGAAAAAGCAGUCAAAGGAGGAAAGAAAACCACGACUGGGUGCUCCUGCAGGGGCCGCUGCAGCAACCGGCAGUGUGGCUGCAGGAAGCAGAAGCUGGGCUGCUCCCGGGGCUGCAGCUGUGACUCAGCCAGGUGCAGGAACAGAGGCACUGACUCCCCAGACCUGUCUAAUUCCACUGGGGCCGAGGACCAAACAACGGAAUGUGAAGGUGCCUUUGAACUCAAAGAUCCUACUCAAGUGGAUGCAGAGACGACCUUCUUUGGCCCUGUGAGCAUCCCACUGGCCUCAAAGGUCCUGAAGGGUAUCACAGACCAAGCUGUGUUAGAGAAGAACCCCAGCACUGAUGCUUCCCUGCUGCUUACAGAUGAAUCCCAGGAGAACCAGGUACCAUUUGUGAAGAGAAAGAAGAGAAUGCUGAACAGCACCACUGGCUUCUUCUCUGGCUGCACCCCAGUCAAGUCACCAAGCUUGGACCCCAUCUUGUCCCUGGAUUGUUCUCUGUCUCUUUAG